AAAGCGAAGAACCUUGCAGAUCAAGUUGAGUUGGCUAAUCGCACCCGAGAGCAAAUCGACGCGCUGAAUGAAGAGAUAACGAACGAGGAAGCGGCGUUGAUGGAUUACAAGAAACGGAAGGCGAGGGCAUGGAUGGAAAUUAAGUUUGGUGGUCUUCUGGAGUGCUGCGAAAAAGGGAGCAUUGCAUGCGAUUUUGGAAAGUUGAUUAUCAAUGAAAUUUCUGAUAAGCACUCUCAACCCGGCCUGCCUCGUCUUCCAUAUACGAAGCAAAGCAAAGUUAAGUCUAUCUUG